AUCCGUUUAGGUACUGGUUACCUGCUGUCGCAGUGAGGUGUAUAGAAUUCUUGGAUAAGUAUGGUUUAGAAGAAAUAGGUAUUUACAGGAUACCAGGGAUCAGAACGACGGAGCUCCGCAUACGUGAUAUUUUCAAUUCUGGUGCGGAUUUGAACUUUUUACAAAGCUCGAAGGAAGAUCCGCAUGCUGUGGCCACACUUUUAAAAAUGUACUUUAGAGAGUUACCCGAACCGUUGUUGACGGAGGUCUUGUUGCCGGAAUUCAAUGAAUGCAUCGCGAAAUACACCAAUUUGGAAACGCGACCGAUCACUGCGGCAAACUUCGUUGCCCCCAAAGACCUCCCACGUGAUUUGGCCUCAAUUGUUUCUCGUUUGCCUCCUUAUAAUUUCUACUUACUCCGUGCUCUCUGUGAGCAUCUUUCCCGUGUCGACGAUAAAAGUGGAGUGAACAAGAUGAAUAUAAGCAAUUUGGGGUUAUUCUUCUGUCCAAGUCUGGGAAUAGGUUCAAUCCUUUUUAAAACGUUUAUUGAGAAUAUCGAUGUCAUCUUCGGAGGUGGUUGUAAGGCCGAGGAGGAGGUAUUGGAAAAUGAAAAACGUGAACAAAAUGGGAAAGAAAAGCAGACACCACUAGUAUAUCAUAAAACAUAUAUCUCGGAUGAUUUCUCUAAAAGCUUUGAGGAUAUACUAAUUCUCAAUAAAAAGGCCGUGACAGAUUCAUCAAGUCAUUCGUGCCCAUCUUCCUCUUCGUCUUCCAUGAAAGGGAGUUACUUUAAGGACAAUGCGGACACACUCGUUGGCGAUCAGGAUGUUACUCUGAGAAAAUACGUUUUAAACAGUUCCACAACAUCAUUUGCCUCAAUAACGUCUGAAACUGUGCUGCCAUCUAUUCCGCCGCAGACAUCGACAAAUCCGAUAUCGAUAUCUACCCCCCAAAACACGCAUGUCCAGGAAGUCAAUGAAAAAAUGAGCAAUCCAUUUAGUGACGAUGAAUUUCCCUCGACGGCUAACAAUCACGAGAAGCGCAAGUUUCGUUCCGUGAACAUAACGUCUAAAGAUUCAUCGUCUUCCUCUUCACCUCCACUAACCAAUCGAUUCCGCACAAGAUCACGCUCUACAG